CGGAACGUAACGAACAGCGACAGUUGUGUGCAUACAUGUGGUCGACCUGGGUCGAACUAACUGACCCAUAACCUUAACCAGACGAAAGCUCGGCCUAUAUAUACUGCAAUUAAAAAUUUUAUCCGCGACAUGACUAAUUCCACUUUCAUUCUCGACAACGGCGCUUGCACAGCAAAAGCUGGUUUAGCCAGCGAGUCGCCCAAACUGGUACCGAAUUGCAUAAUGAAGGCAAAGAGCGAACGUCGCAGGCCCUUCAUAGGAAAUCAAAUUGAAGAAUGCAGAGACGCCUCGGGACUAUUUUAUAUCUUGCCCUUUCAAAAAGGUUACCUGGUGAACUGGGACAUUCAGAAAACUGUGUGGGACUAUAUAGUCUCGAAGGAAUCUUGCUCGGUUAACCUGAGCCAGCUGUCUGUAAUAGUGACCGAGCCUAUAUUUAACUUUUCAAGUAUUCAGGAAGCCAUGACGGAGAUCUUCUUCGAGGAGUACGAGUGUCACAGUCUCCUGAGAAUAAACACGGCGAGCCUCUCGUGUUACAAUUACAGAGCGGAGUAUCCGGCUACGAAAUGCUGUAUAGUAGUGGACAGCGGUUACAGUUUUACGCACAUCAUUCCUUAUAUUAAUGACACGAAGAUAAAGGAGGGCAUUCGAAGAAUAGACGUGGGUGGUAAACUUUUAACAAAUCACCUGAAGGAGAUAAUAUCUUAUCGUCAGCUGCAUGUUAUGGACGAGACGUAUGUGAUUAAUCAAGUGAAGGAGGACUGCUGUUUCGUAUCUCAAGAUUUCUUCAAGGACAUGGAACAAGCCAAGUGUAAAUUGGAGAAGAACACUAUUGUUAAAGAUUACGUUUUGCCAGAUUAUACGACCCUGAGACGCGGAUACCUCAAGGACCCGGAGCCGUCGAACGAGCAGCAGAUCUUGCGUUUAACUAAUGAGAGAUUUGCGAUACCGGAGAUAUUAUUUCAUCCAUCCGACGUCGGCAUUCGACAAAUGGGCAUUCCGGAAGCUAUUAUGGACUCCAUAAAGGCUUGCAGCGAGGAAAUGUGGCCCCAUUUUCUAUCCAACAUUAUUCUCACCGGUGGUAACGCAAAGUUUCCCGGAUUUAAAGAUAGAGUCUAUAAAGAAGUUAGAAGUUUAGCUCCAGCCGAAUAUCCUGUGAACGUCUACCUACCACAAGAUCCAAUUACUUAUGCAUGGUGCGGCGGGAAGCAACUUUCACAAGAUGCAAUCUUUUCCAAUCUUUUGGUGACGAGAGAAGAGUAUGAAGAAGAGGGACCAUCUCUAUGUUUCGAAAAAUUUGACGUAUAAUAUCUUCCUCCUUCAUAUCAGAUUAUAUCUUAAUAAAAAAAAAAAGAGGUAAUAGAAAAGUCUUUAUAUUAAUACUCGAAAUCGAUAUCUAAAAAUAUAAAUAUUUCGAAAAGAUUGUUUUAGCCCCGAUAUCAAAUUAUGGAAAUUAAACAGUACCGUCCUAUCGCCCACAAUUAAUCUUUUUAUGAAUCAACUUAAAUUGGUUACAUAAAGUAUUGCGCUACGUUAUUGAAAAAUUAUAUAAAUAAAAUAGAAUACUUACAGUACAUACGAUUAUGUAAAUAUAAAAGAUAGAUUUUUUUUAAAUGUGUUAAUCUAUGUUACAUUGUCCUCGGAUGGAAUGUGUUAAUCUACAUUAAAUUAUCUUCAAAUAGA